CUCAUUUGGCAUAAGUUUAAGAUUCUAACAAAUCAAAUUCAUUUAUUUUGUUUUGAGCUCGGUAACUUAAACAAAUAAAAUAUUUUUAUAUUAAAAAUAGCGUUGCUUAAAAUAAAAAAUUAAUAAUGGAAAUGGACGAAGAAACUUUUACUCUGGAAAGCGACUCAGAGCUACGUUUUGAAAUUGAGGAAAAAGAUGCAAAAGUCUAUGUGCAGUUAAAAUCAGGCUUUGCUGAAAUGUUUGGCACAGAACUUGUAAAGAAAAAAUCAUAUGAAUUUGUAACCGGCGCCAAAGUUGCGAUAUUCACCUAUCAGGGCUGUACGAUUGGAGUUCGUGGCAAAACAGACGUUCGGUACACGUCCAAAGAGACACCAAUGGUUCAGUAUCUGAAUUGUCAUGCAGCUCUGGAACAAAUGCGUACUAAAGCAGAAGAAAAUGACACUCGUGGCCCUAUCGCAAUGGUAGUUGGACCAAGUGACGUUGGCAAGAGUACGCUUUGUCGUAUAUUGCUUAACUAUGCAGUUCGCCUGGGUAGGCGGCCACUUUUCGCAGACAUCGAUGUUGGGCAAGCAUCUAUCUCAAUACCCGGGACAAUUGCCACGGUCUUAAUAGAAAGACCUGCAAGCAUUGAAGAUGGAUUUUCACAAACAGCCCCUUUGGUUUUUCAUUUUGGUCACAAGAGUCCAAACGAUAAUAAGACGUUGUACACAUCUAUAAUUUCGAAAAUGGCUGAAGUAACAUUGGAAUCGUUGUUAAAUAAACGCACCAAGUACUCUGGAAUGGUUAUUAACACUUGUGGCUGGGUGAAGGGAGAAGGCUACCGACAUCUGCUACACACAGCUCAGGCCUUUGAAGUUGGUGCAAUCUUUGUACUCGAUCAAGAGCGGCUCUACAAUGAGCUUCUACGUGAUAUUCCCUCCUUUGUAAAAGUGGUUCUAUUGCCAAAAAGUGGUGGCGUGGUUGAACGUACGAAAGCCUUGCGAAUUGAUGCUCGUGAUCAGCGAAUAAAGGAAUAUUUCUAUGGAUUCCGAACACCUCUUUAUCCCUUUUCGUUUGAAGUGAAAUGGAGCGACGUGAAAAUCUUCAAGAUUGGAGCACCGCCAUUGCCAGAUUCUUGUAUGCCAAUAGGAAUGAAAGCGGAAGAUAAUCUAACCAAAUUAGUGGCAGUUCAGCCGAGUCCCUCACUUAUGCAUCACCUGUUAUCUUUGAGUUUUGCAGAAUCACCUGAAGACGAUGUGAUUUCAACGAAUGUGGCUGGCUUCGUGUGUGUGACGGAUGUGGACACAGAAAGACAGACUCUUACCAUAUUAUCCCCCCAACCCCGACCAUUGCCAUAUAGUUUGUUAAUUUUAUCAGAGUUACAAUUUAUGGAUAGUCAUUAGUGUUAUUUGUGGCAAUUGACUAUAGAUAAAUAUAUUCAAAUCAAUAAAACAUUUUAUUUUUUUAA